AUGCCGUCGUCAGAACGCCACAUCCAAGUCCACGACCGCUACUCCCAUCCCCUCUUCAAAUUCUCCCUUCCCUCAAACCUCACAACACUAGAAUUUCACUCGCUACUACCCAACUCCCUCUCCCCCCAACGGCCCGCCUUCACCUUCCCCGCCCUGCUCAACUGGCUCACCCGCCUGUGCGCAAACCUCGAUCGACAAAAUGAACCAGCCCACCCCUUCCACAAACACCCGUACAAGCUGCGCAGCUUGGAUAUCCAAGCUGUAGACUGGUUCUGGCGUGAUAUGCCGGGCAAGGAAGAUAAGCUGGGCUUUAUGAAGUUACAGGCGGAGGUUACCACGGAUGUGUAUGUGCAUGAGGGAGAGGAGAAGGAGAGGAGUGAUUGGUUGCCUGGAGCGGUGUUUUUGAGGGGUGGGAGUGUGGGGAUUCUGACGAAGAGAGCUGAUACACAUCAGAUCGUCGUCCAACCCUCCGACGCAACAAACGACGACGAAAAACACGUCAUUCUAACAAUCCAGCCUCGCAUCGCAGCAGGCUCUCUCGCCUUCGCUGAAAUCCCAGCCGGCAUGCUCGACGGGAAUUCUUUCAAGGGCACGGCUGCGAAUGAGAUUGCCGAAGAAGCAAAACUCGUCGUUAAGGAAAGUGAUCUCAUCAACAUGUCCGAACUCUCUCUUCCCGAUACAGACACGCAAGAAAACAUCGAGGCGGCCAUGUAUCCCAGUCCCGGUGCGUGCGACGAGUUCAUUCCACUGUUUCUGUGUCAGAAACGGCUGUCGAGAAAGCACAUGGAGUGGUUGAAGGGCAAGGCGACGGGGCUGAGGGAUGAGGGCGAGAACAUCACGUUGAAGCUUGUGCCGCUGGAUAAGGCGUGGAAGGAAGGCAGUAGAGAUGGGAAAACGCUGGCUGCGUUGGCGUUGUAUCAGGGGCUUAAGGGGGAGGGGAAAAUUCCUGAGAUGCCGAAGGAGGUGGAAGAGGAGCCUGAGGAGUUGGAGUGA